AUGUUCUGCACGGAAAAAUACUUAGCAAACUAUAAAAAGAAGAAAAACAGACUAAAGGAAGUAACCCGAAGAUGCCUCAACCUAAUCGACUCCAACUACCAGCACUUAACAUCGUUAAUAAGGAAAAAGAGCACAAGUGAUCUGUUAACAAGCUACCAAUUUAGUGACGAUGAAAUAAAAUUCGAUUCAGACGAAAAUGUACACAGUAACGAUGUGUACUUCCCAGAAAGCACAUAUACAAAUAAUGACUUUAAAAAUUUGCUCGGAUGGGUACCCAGAAAUUUAGUAGUGACAGAACCGAUUACAACGGACUCCAUCCCGUGUGCAUUUUUCUUCUCAAAAAAUGAUGAUAAACUAUCAACAGAUACUAAAAUAAUUUUAUACCUACAUAAGUUUGAUGAGGAUUUAGGCACGAUAAUUCCAACAGUAAAUGCCCUACAUAAAAAAUUAGAAAUGAAUAUUAUCGCAAUGGAGUAUUCAGGAUAUGGAGUCAGUUUCGACACGUACGAACAGAAGCUUGUUUCAAUUGUGAACGAUUCAUUUACUCUUUUAAAAUUUAUUAUUAACUUUUUGAAAAUUCCGUGCAGAAAUAUAUACAUUUUGUGUUACGACUUUUUGGCUAGCUGCGCUAUAGAGGUGGUAAAUCGAUACGAAGACACGUAUGGCAAAGGGGAGUCCCUAGGCGGGCUGGUCCUUAUGAAACCCCAGUUGCUUCAUGUUGUUAGCCAUAAUACAGUACCCUCACCUUGUGAACAAGAUGAUAAUAUUGCUUUAGGGGGUAAACGGCCAAACGGAGGUGUUGACGGAAAAAAAAGAUUUACUGGUCAGUGUGCAGAUAACACUUUUGACGAGGAUGCGCCAAUUGGGGGUGGCAUCCUUGACGGAGAUGUUCCACAUUGUGAGGAUGUCCCCUUUUUUGACGGACGGACGAGGGAAGAAAGCCACUACGCGGUUUCCAGCAAAUCGAAGCAGAAAAACUGCACAGUGACAACUCCGAAAGAAUUGCACCACUCUCUCGAAUUUAAGAAGGACGAGGAAGUAACCUACAACAUGACGAGCAACAGUGUGAAGAAAAACAACUUUGCAAAAAAAGAAGUCCUUACCAUUCGCAGCAACGUGUGCAAUCAAACGUGGACAGGCGUUUCCGUAGGUGCGAACUCUUACCUGUCCGGAAAAGGAAUAAUCACUUGUAAUAUGUCGUUAUUUUACAGUGAUAGUGAACCCCCCUCAGGAAGAGAAAAUAACAACAUAUCCAACUGUCUAAUGAAGAGAAUAUUAAAAGACACAUUUGAUAUAGAGCACUCCAUAAAUUCAAUCAAGUCAAUUUCGUGUCCCAUUUUAAUUUUUCACCCUGAGAAUUAUUCCUAUAAAAAUUCGAGUUCCUACAUUUUGCUGGAUAAUGCAAAAGAGUGUCACAGGAAGGCAGCUUUUUUAUUUGAUUUCAUGAACGAAGAUUUUAUCACGGCCUUUAAGUGGUUCUUCUCAGAAAUAGCCAAUUCGCAGGGGCAAGAAAAGCUAUUUAAAAAUUUGCUUUAUUUGUAUGAACACCCGUCAUAUGAUAGGAAGGACAAUGUUGGUACAAGUGGCGGGGUGGACAACCAAGACAAUCGUGACAUUGAUAGCGAACAGAGCGAAAAUACACGUACCCAUUUAGAAGAAAUACGUAGAGGUAGCUUUGAUUCAACAUUUGGCGAAAUUGAUGAUAAGAACUUUAAUGUACCUCCUAGCAACAGUGUCAGAAGUAGCACUAUCCUGCAAGGGUGCAACUCACAUAAUGCCCUAAGCGACAGAGAAGAUUCUCCUAAAUGUGAUACUCACAGUUGUAGCCUCCCUAACAGUAGCAUUACCAUAAACUUAACUGAUGAAAUUUUCGUAUGUCCACAAAUGGUUCAGGAAAAAACCCACUGCAAGGAGGUUGCCGAUGCUCGGCGUUAA